AUGACGAAGCGAUACGACCUGUUCAAAGACGGAGGGGUGCCUAAAUCGUACCUCGAAGCCAAUUGGAUCGAGCGACGACAAAUUCUGCGGGCCGAGGUGCUGGCUUUGCCAGCAAAAUCCAGGAAGAAGCUGGCACUGCGAAAGACAAUUGAUGUUGGAGGAAGAAUUCUUACCUUGGUGCUGUUGAGCAUGGUCGACAAGACCAAGGAAGACCGCGCAGCAGCCGCCAAGCUGAGGGCCUCCCUACGGAUCAAGCGGGGGAAAGAUUCCAAGAAGCUUACCUUGUCGAAGACUGCUGCCUUGAAGUGGGCCAGCUUUGCAGCUACGCUGGGCUUGAUGCCAUUGCCUGAUGGACAGAUUAG